CGUUCCAGGAGCGCUCCGGCGGCGCGCUGCCCACGGCGCCCGAGCUGCCGCCCGAGUCGGCGUUCCGUGCUAGUUUGUUUAAUUCGGCCUCCCCCGAGCCGGGUGCGGCGGGCUCGGGCUACACUGAUGAGGAAUACGUGCCAGACGAAGAGUACCAGCCGCCUCCAGCUGAUGAGGACUACUUGUCAUAUGAUGAGGAGCGGCACCUCCAUCCGGACGACGGAGCGCAGCUGCUGGAGUCGGGCGAGGACGCCGCUGCGGACAACGAUGAGCAGUGGCUUUUGAAAGGCGAGGGGGUGCCCCCCGUCGGUGGAGACGAGCCGGCGCUCGACGAGGACGGGGACGAGCUGCCGCUCGCGUCGGAGGAGCGAGCACGAGAGGAUGAAGAGCGGCUGCUCGUGGCGGGGGAGAGCCCAUCGGCGAGCGAGACCGAGCAAGUGUCGGCCGGCGACGAGCCAGCGACGGGGAACGCGAGUGCGCCGGUGUCGGACGGCGAUGACGGCUUCCUGAGCUCGCUCUGGCGCUGGGUGGUGCCGGCCGACGACGCGUCCGAACCGGGUGGCUGGGCGCCGGCCGAGCCCGCGCCCGCUGCCGCCGGCGCCGCCCCUGACGCCGGCCCCGAGGAGGAAAAGGACGCCGGCUGGACGGUGCCACCGCUUCCGUCCGGCCGGCGGCCCAACAUCGUGCUCAUCAUGGCUGACGACCUGGACGUCGAGCUGGGCUCGCUGAAGUACAUGCCGAAGCUGCGCCGCUUCCUGCAGGAGGAGGGCGUCACGUUCAGGCACGGCUACGUCAGCACCCCGCUCUGCUGUCCGUCGCGCAGCUCCUAUCUCACCGGCAUGUUCGUGCACAAUCACGAGGUGUACACGAACCGGGACAACUGCAGCAGCCCGCUCUGGCAGCAGACACACGAGCAGCGCACGUACGCCGCCUACCUGCAGCGAGCCGGCUACAGAACCGGCUACUUCGGAAAGUACAUGAACCGGUACGAGGGCGAGCACGUGCCGGCCGGCUGGGACCACUGGUCAUCGCUCAUCUUGAACAGCAAGUACUACAACUACUCGAUGAACGUCAACGGCCGGCGCGUGGAGCACGGCUGGCAGUAUCCCAAGGACUACUUGCCGUCGGUGGUCGUCAAUGAAUCGCUGACGUUUUUCGAGCGCACGCGGCGCGUGUACCGCGACGACCCGCUGCUGAUGGUGCUCAGCUUCCCGGGGCCGCACGGGCCCGAGGACUCGGCACCCCAGUACACGCACCUGUUCAUGAACGUCACCGACCACCACACGCCGUCGUACGACUUCGCGCCGAACGCCGACAAACAGUGGUUCCUGCGGCGCGUGGACAAGAUGGAGGGCGUGGAGCGCCUGUUCACGGACAUGCUGAUGACCAAGCGUCUGCAGACGCUGCAGAGCAUCGACGACGGCAUUGAGCAGGUGUACCGCCGGCUGGCGGCGGCCGGCGAGCUGGACAGCACCUACAUCCUCUUCACCUCGGACCACGGCUACCACCUGGGCCAGUUCGGCUUGGCCAAGGGCAAGUCGUACCCGUUCGAGUUCGACAUCCGCGUGCCGUUCGUGGUGCGCGGUCCCUGGCAUCCGGGCCGGCAGCAGGCGGCCGUGCUGAACGUGGACGUGGCGCCGACGCUGCUGGAGCUGGGCGGCGCGCCGGUGCCGCCGCAGAUGGACGGCCGCUCCAUUGUGCCGCUGCUGGCCGCCACCGACCGCGCCGACGCGCCGGCCGUGCCCUGGCCCACAGCCUUCAUCGUCGAGGGCGCCGGCCGCCGCCCGGACCACCGGCUGAACCGCAGUCUGCGGGUGGGAGCCGUGCAGUCGGACGACCAGGACGUGCUGUACGUGAGCGCCCUGCAGCGGCUGCAGGAGGUGUGCUCCCAGCCCGAGUACAGCUCGCCCUGCCGCCCCUACCAGAAGUGGGCGUGCUACCACGACGGCCGCAGGUGGCGUCUACAGAAGUGUCGGCGCCGGCGGCGUGCACCCCAGAUGUGCGCCUGCCGCGGCGGCGUGGUGCAGGGCACGCGCCGUAUCCGCCACCGCGAGCGGCAGGACCAGCUGCGCUUCCUCAAGGACCACAUGGACGGCGAUAUCCGCCCGGUGCGGUUCGUCAAGGAGCUGCGCCAGCGCCGCUCGGCCGCCGCCGCCGCCUCGCCCGCCGAUAGCCUGGUGAAGCAGUUCGUGGUGGAGGAGGACGUCAGCCACGUGGACGACGACAUCUGGCGCAUCGGCCAGGAGCUGCAGAUCCUGCAGUCGCACGUGCAGUCGGUGGGCCGCUGCGCCGUGGACAACACCACCUGCGCCACGCCCGACCGCCGCUCACAGCGCCUGCUGGUCAACGACCAGAUCCGCCGGCUCAAGCAGCUGCUCAAGCAGCUGAAGAGCAUCCGGCGCCAUCUGGCGGACGUGGCUCCGCGCGCGCCGCCACACGCCUCGCGCGCCCGGCCGUUCGGCGGCCGCGGCGCCACCUUCGAGGACGUCGACUUCGAGGACUACCCGGACGGCGAGGACGACCUGUACACGGCGGCGUCCGCGGCGUCCGCGGCGCCCGCCGGCCGCCACGGUCGCAGGAAGACGGUGCCGGAGCAGGGCCGCCACAGCGGCGACGUCGCCUUCUGUCCGUGCCGGCCGAUGGACGAUCGAGCCGAGCGUCAGUGGGUGCGCGAGUACACCAAGCAGGCCCGCAGGGAAGAAAGGACGCAGCGCCGCCGGGAACGCCGCCGCCAAAGGCGCAGGAAGCAGCGUAAGAAGGCCCUGCUUGCCAGCCAGAACUGCGACUUCGAGGGCCUCAACUGCUUCGUACACGACAACGACCACUGGAAGACGCCCCCGCUGUGGACGCACGGGCCAGUCUGCGUCUGCCUGGGCGCCUCCAACGGCACGUAUGACUGUCUGCGCGCUGUGGGCGGCGCAGAAAACUGGCUCUACUGUCGCUUCAUCACCGGCUUCCUCAGCUUCUACGACCUCACGGUUGACCCGUACCAGCUGCACAACCUGGCGCCGACGCUGGACCAGGCGCGCAUCCGGACGCUGGACGCGCAGCUGGCCGACAUCGCCGCGUGUCCGCCCGCGCAGGCGUCCGGAGAGGCGCUCUGA